GGACAGACCCAACAUGUGGCUCAAAAUCUCUGUGUUGGCCCCGCAGGCCUCCCUCACACCCGUGGCUCGCCCCUCGGCCGGCCCUCGGGCCCUGUGGCCCCCGCUGGACUUCACGCUGGGCGCGCUGGCCUGCUGCGGUGCUUGUGUGUUCACUAACCCGCUGGAGGUGGUGAAGACCCGGCUGCAGCUGCAGGGCGAGCUGAGGGCCCGAGGCUCCUAUCAGAGACACUACCGCGGGGUUCUGCAGGCGCUGUGGGUGGUGGGCAGCACAGACGGGCUCCGGGGCCUGCAGAAGGGCCUGACCGCCGCCCUGCUGUACCAGGGCCUGAUGAACGGCGUGCGGCUCGGGUUCUACUCCUACACGGAGGCCGUGGGGCUCACAGACGCGCCGGGCAGGAGUCUGAUGUCAGGAGCCGCGGCAGGAGCUCUGGGGGCGUUCAUCGCCUCGCCGGCGUAUCUGGUGAAGACACACCUGCAGGCGCAGACGGUGGCGGUCAUCGCAGUCGGACACCAGCACAACCAUCAGGGUGUGUUGAGCGCAUUCGUCUCCAUCUACCAGCGUGAGGGUGUGAUGGGUCUGUGGCGUGGUGUUAACGGGGCCGUCCCCAGGGUCAUGGUGGGGUCAGCAUCCCAACUGGCCACAUUCAGCUCGGCUAAAGACUGGGUUACACGUGCCCAGUGGUUUGAUCCUCACAGCUGCCUCGCCGCGCUCACUGCCGCCAUGAUCAGCGGGGUCGCAGUGACCAUCACCAUGACGCCAUUUGAUGUCAUCAGCACACGCCUGUACAACCAACCGGUGGAUGAGUUCAAAAGGGGGCGUCUGUACUGCGGGUUUGUGGACUGUCUGAUGAAGGUUUGUGCUACUGAGGGGAUCGUGGGUCUGUAUAAAGGAAUGAUGCCAGUGUUUGUACGUCUGGCUCCUCAUACGGUUCUCAGUAUGCUCAUAUGGGACGUCCUGAGACAGCGAGCGCUGCUGUACAGGCACUGAUUCACCAUACACGACCUGGAGCGAGUGUGAACGAUCAUGAAGGAACGCCACACAUCCUUUCCUGCUCCGAUCUGGAUGAGGAGUUUAUCUCAUCAUAACGCACAUAAUGACACUUGGACUUGAACUCUUGAAAUGCAGUUGAAGGGGAUCAUGGGAAGGACAGUUUUACCUCACUGCUGUGUUUUAUUUUUCGACAUUGACACUGUAAAGACUGUAUUUUUUAACUCGUAGUUUAUAAUUAAAGUUUUAUUGAUUGA